ACCCAUGUAGGCCUAACGAUUUCAUAAGAUGGAGAUUUAACUUUGACUUUAACCAUUGUGUUUUUUGUAACUCAUAUCAAAAUGGCAGAUCAUCUUAUUUGUGCCUGUCAAAUUACUAAAACCAUUUGGGAUGCAUUUCGGUACUGGAUCACAUAUAAUGGUCUAUUCAUACUCACCCUAACAUUUAAUAAUAUAUUUUUUUAUGGAGGACAGGAAAGCCGAAUGUAUGAUCAAAUAUUUUUUUUCACUGCCCCGUUUGCCUUUUUAGCAGGCCAAUCAUAUGCACUGAGGAGACCCCACGCAACAAUGCCUUGGCACAACGAAGGAGCAAGAGUUACAGGCAAUCAAUGCGAAGCUGUGUUGAAGCAACUCAUCUGGCAUACACAUCAGGCCUUCUGACAGCUCUAAGAAUACCAAGAAGUAGAAAGGCUCCAAAGUCAUGUGAUAUCACAAAACAGGUUGACCCAGACCAAGUAGCACUUCUGGUGAAGAAGGAAUGGCAGCUGUCGUAUGUCACACCUUUGUACCAGUUCAGACACACUCAGUUGAAAUCCUACUCAAAGCAACUGUCGGCUUUCAUGGUAUCAGAGAAGCAACAGGGCCUGGCGAUUGAAGUUGGUCAGGAGUUGGGCUUCAAGGUGAAUUUUUCUGUGGUCCUUGGGUUGGCAGAGACGGAUAAAGAUGCUGAGACAGUUUUCAUACAGAUUCUCUCCAAACAAGUGUUUUCUGCAAAAGAUGAUGCUCCGAAGGUUGUGUGGAGUGGCUGGCUGACCUGCGUCAACGGUGACUUGGAUUAUCUCCGAUCACUACCCCUGGAAUUUGUCAGUUUGCCUUUGUUCUGCACCAGAGGACCAGAAUCGCUCACAAUGUUGGUCAAAUCCUGGUUUGAAAAGACAUUUGACUGUUGCUUCGGCCCUCUUGGUAUCAACUCUACCAACCUCCAGUGGCUCGCAUCCCUAUGGACUGGGUGCCACCCCACCAUCAACAUCCAGUAUCUGAAACUGGUCUGGACUCUCCCAACACUACCCCCUAUGGACGUUACGUACACCGUCCACCCACAAGAUGCCUGGGAGCUUUGGGACAGCAUGCGGCAGGUUGACACGACAGAGGACAGCAUCAGCAUUGAUGAGGUCACCGGGUUCAUCAAAGGGCUGCAGUCACACUUCUUCAGGCACUUCAGGAUAGACUUGUCCGCUGGGUCACUGAUGCAGAUCUCCACGGCUUUGGGUUCUUCUCACCACAGUGGAAAAAUCAAGAUUGCGAGCCCUAAUUACAUCCCCACCAUCCUGCAACUGCUGACAGAAUGUGCUCUUCUGAAGAUGCCAAUCUAAGCAAGACUGACAUCACAAAUCAAUGUUCGUGUUUUGUAAAAUACCUGUAUACCCCCAAAAUUACUGUCCAUAUGAAAUUAAACAAUUUUAAUAUUUUUAAAUAUUCAUGUAUUGUAUGAAAAGGCAAAUGCAUACAUCUCAAAAUAGCUACGCUUUUGCUGAUUGUGUACCUUGCCAUUGUUCUGUGGUUUCAGUCACUCUAGAUAUUAUUCACUACAAGCGCAAUAGUGUAGAAGUAAAUGUGUUACAGCUUAAAACUUGCAAAUGUUGGUUUUGUCAGUGUGGGGUGAUAGUUGAUUUAAUCAGGUUUGAUACAUGGUAAACCGUCAAGUAACUUGGGCAGUUCUGAAGAUAUCAUUGUUACAGUCCAGAUACAGUAAAUCUGUAAGAGCCUGGUGAUUUCCUAAACGGUAGAGAUGUAACAACCAAAAAGAAUAGUACCUGUAAAUACAUUUCCAUUUAAAACAAUUGUUUGAUGAGCUUAACGUUUGAAAUAAAGUGUUUUUAUUAACAGCA